CCCGUCCUCCGCCUCCGUGCCAACUGCAUUGCUCCCCGUCCUCCGCGCGCAGGUUUCUUGCUUCAAGACCUCUGUCAAUCAGUAUCUACUCUCGGUGGGCUAGAAGUGAUAUAAGGGGUGUCGUCCAAGAAAUAUGAAUCCGUAUUUUAUUGGUUUUGUUUUCCCUUUUGUGGCAUCUCUGCUGUUCACCAAGAGAAAGCCUGAAAAGAAGAAGAGGGGAGUGAUAGUUGAUGUGGGUGCAGAGCCUGGCUAUGCCAUCCGUAACCAGAGAUUUGAACAGCCUGUCGAAACACACUGGGAGGGGAUUUUCACACUUGCUGAGCUAUUUGAGCAAUCAUGCAAGCAGUUUGCCUACAUGCCCCUGCUUGGCACCAGGAAGCUCAUUUCAAGGGAAUUAGAGGUAGCUGCCGAUGGGAGAUCCUUUGAGAAGCUCCAUUUGGGGUGUUAUGAGUGGAAAAGUUAUGCUGAUGCAUUCAAGACUGUCUGCAACUUCUCUUCUGGUCUAGUGCAAAUUGGACACCAGAAGGAUGAGCGUGUUGCUAUUUUUGCUGAUACACAAGCUGAGUGGCAGAUUGCAUUGCAGGCGUGCUUCAGACAAAAUAUUACAGUUGUGACCAUAUAUGCCUCCUUGGGGGAGGGGGCGCUAUGUCACUCACUAAAUGAGACUGGGGUAACUACUGUUGUCUGCGGACGGAAAGAACUGAAAAAGCUGAUUCAUAUAAGUGGCCAACUUGAUACUGUGAAACAUGUCAUCUACAUAAAUGAGGAAGGUGUCUCCACUGAAGUAUCCUUGGCUCAAAAAUGCACGAGCUGGACCAUUAGGUCAUUUGAGGAUGUAGAGAGGUUAGGAUUGGAAAGACCUGUCAAAGCAAACUUGCCUCUCCCAUCAGAUACUGCAGUGAUUAUGUAUACAAGUGGCAGCACAGGAAUGCCUAAGGGAGUCAUGAUGAGUCACCGCAAUGUCUUGGCUACUGUUUCAGCUGUUAUGACGAUUGUGCCUGCACUUGGUAGGAAGGAUGUGUACCUGGCAUACCUCCCGCUAGCACAUAUCCUUGAAUUGGCAGCUGAGGCAAUCAUAACUGCUGUUGGGGCUUCAAUAGGAUAUGGAUCACCAUUGACCCUGACUGAUACAUCAAAUAAAAUAAAAAGGGGGACGCAAGGCGACGCUUCAGCGCUGAAGCCAACACUUAUGACUGCUGUACCUGCUAUACUUGACCGUGUUCGUGAUGGCGUACGAAAAAAUGUAGAUGCAAAGGGUGGGUUAGCAAAGAAAUUAUUUGAUAUUGCUUAUAGCCGCCGCCUAGCUGCUGUUAAUGGAAGCUGGCUUGGUGCGUGGGGACUAGAGAAGCUCUUGUGGGAUAUGCUUGUCUUUCAGAAGGUGCGUGCAAUCUUGGGAGGGAGGAUUCGCUUUAUUCUUUCAGGUGGAGCACCUUUGUCAGGGGACACUCAGAGAUUUAUAAAUAUAUGCCUUGGGGCUCCAAUAUCGCAAGGAUAUGGCUUGACUGAAACCUGUGCUGGUGGGACAUUUUCGGAGUAUGAUGACACAUCUGUUGGUCGUGUUGGUGCUCCUCUGCCUUGUUCAUACAUUAAGUUGAUAGACUGGGCCGAAGGUGGAUACUUAACAACUGAUUCGCCAAUGCCUCGGGGUGAAAUAGUUAUUGGAGGUCCAAAUGUAACUAAAGGCUACUUCAAAAAUGAAGCAAAAACAAAUGAGGUCUACAAGGAUGAUGAAAGAGGCAUGCGGUGGUUCUACUCUGGUGACAUCGGGCGCUUGCACCCAGAUGGCUGUCUUGAAAUCAUUGACCGUAAGAAGGACAUAGUCAAGCUUCAACACGGUGAAUAUGUAUCGCUAGGAAAGGUGGAGGCUGCUUUGAGUGUGAGCCCAUACGUUGACCAGAUCAUGAUCCAUGCUGACCCCUUCCACAGCUACUGUGUCGCACUUGUUGUAGCUGCAUACAGCGAGCUGAAAGACUGGGCCUCCAAACAAGGAAUCGCAUAUACUGAUUUUUCAGAUUUGUGCCAGAAGCAAGAGACAGUCAAAGAAGUCCUCCAAUCUUUAGCAAAGGCUGCUAAGCAAGCGCAUCUGGAGAAGUUUGAGAUCCCAGCCAAAAUCAAGCUGAUACCAGAUCCAUGGACACCAGAGUCGGGCCUUGUCACGGCUGCCCUAAAGCUCAAGAGGGAAGUCAUCAAGAAGGCAUACGAGAAGGACCUUGCUCAGCUGUACAGCUAAUGUUGCUGCCGCUACAGUCUCUUAAGGAUAGGGUGUUCUUCGGUCGCAACAACAAAAGUUUUCUGUUCGUAGUAUGCUUGAACCGCUGGUUUUUGUGAAGACUUGUAAGACAACAGCUGAUGGUGAAUUGGUGAUGAGAGACGGAGGUAAAUCAAUCGCCAAGAAUGUGUAGUGUUUCCCUGCGCGCCAAGAGGGGGCUGUACCUUGCAGAAUUGAGGAUUCCUUGCAUGUCUAAGAGUAUCUGUGUUCUUGCCAGCACACCUUGGUAGAAUCUUGUUGAAUUUUUACUGCUAUGGUUCCUACGACUUCCACAAUUUGGAAUAAGCAAAUUUUGACAUUGAUAACUC